AGAAUGUUCGUCACCACGCUGUUCUUGGGUCUGUGCAUGUUCGCACGAGCAAUGCCUCCGGACAAGCUUCGUCCCCUCCACAUAAUCAAGACCCGCAGCAUAGACCUGAAUAAUGCACACGCCCUGACUAUAGAAAGUCGGCUGGAGAAGAUCGUGGAACCCACAGGGUACAAACUGCAACUAGAACCGUACCUUGAGGAUGGAGUGUUCAAGGGCCGCGUCAGCAUCAACGUGAGCUGGCUGCAAGACGCCGACGAGCUCAAGGUGCACUGCGCGCACGAGAUUGAGAUCAGCGACGCGCAGGUCUACGCGCACGUGCCCGCAGACAACAAACAACUGGAAAAGGUCACAGUAAAGAAAAUCACCACAGACCCUAAGAAGCCCAUCGUUUUGCUCCGCCUUGAAAAGAUUAUACCUAAAGGGUGCAAGGGCACGCUGGAGUUCACCUUCAAUGGAAACCUGGAGACGACGCAGACUGAAGCUUUCUUCAAGUCCACUUAUCAAACCGAACAGGAGGUUGAGAGGAUAGUAGCAGCGACCCAGCUACGCCCCAACAAUGCUCGUCGCAUGUUCCCAUGCUUUGAUGAGCCGGGAUACAAGACCCCGUUCCAAUUGAGUGUGGUCCGACCCAAGGCCAUGGUGGCACUCAGCAAUACGCCAGUGGCAAGGACUGAGGAAAUCGCCGAUGAGCCUAACGCAGUUAUGGACCACUUCGAGACCACGCCGCCUAUGUCCACCUUCACCCUUGGGCUGGUCAUCGCUGAUCUCAAGCAGCUGAAUAGCAGUAGCUUCUACACUGAUGAGAAAGGAAACAAGAUUGAACUCCGAGUUUGGGGCCGUCCGGAAUACCUGGAAGCACUCAACGGUGUCAACGAAAAAUUGACGCUAGUGUUCAAGGAGAUUGCGAGGUUCUGGCAGGUGCCCCUGCCGCUCAAGAAACUGGACAUCGUCGCGCUGCCCAACUACCAGGGCGUGAAGCCGGCCGACAACUGGGGGCUGAUCGUGUUCAGGGAGAGCGACCUCAGCAGCCGCGGCUACAUCCAGCUCGCUCAAGAGCUCUCGUACCAGUGGAUGGGUGCCUUAGCCACGCCUGCGUGGUGGUCUGAUGCUCACCUUAACAAGGCUCUGGUUGGGUACCUAGCUGCUGAGACUGCUUUCAAGAUCAACAAUGGAUCAGAAAUGGAAGGCAAAUGGCCGAUGACGGUCCUGUACUCGUUAUACUACGAGUUCAGUAAGCGCUACCCCCACUCCCGCAUCACGGGCAUGAAGCAGGAGACGACGUGCACCAAGAUAGAGUUGCUGUUCAGGAUGUUCAACUAUACGCUGGGAGGCGAGACCUUCAGGAAGGGGCUGAGAAUGUUCAUAGAAGACCACAAAUUCAAAACGUUCACCGGUGACGAUAUCUGGUCGGCUCUGAACGCAGCCGCGGCCGCCGACGGUAAGAUCCCGAAGAGCGUCGACGUGAAGACUGUCGCCAACAGCUGGAUCGAGAAGGACCGCCUGCCGCUGGUCACUGUUAAGAGGAAUUAUGAGGCCAAAACUGCGGUGCUGAGACAGAAAGUGUACCUCCGCGAGCGUCCCCACGACGUCCCAGACGCAGACAGCAUGGUGUGGCGCACCCCGGCAGUGGUGCUCCGCGGAGACCAGCUCGACUUCACCAAGUUCCCCACCUCCUGGAUGCACGACAAGGAACUGACGGUCCCCAACAUGCCUGGCAAGGAGCACUUCAUCAUUGUUAAUCCGGAAGAGAUCGCCCCCUUCCCCGUGAACUACGACAACGAAAACUGGAAUCUCCUCUCCAAGUUCCUCCAGAGCAAGGACCGCACGAAAAUCCCUGAACUCACCAGAGCCAAGCUUCUCCACGACGCUUGGAACCUCGCGUAUGCUGGAGAACUCUCGUUCACUACAGCUCUUAAUAUGACAUGGUUCCUUAAGGAUGAGAGGCACCCGCUAGUUUGGGACCCUGUGUUCACCAUGAUUGACCACAUCGGUGGGCAUAUUUGCCAGUGUAUGCAUAAUAAGUUCCAGGCCUACGUCCGCACCCUCCUCACCCCCCUCUAUGAGGAGCUAGUGAAGCAGGAAAAGGAAGACGAGGAGCCCUGGCGGAAGAACCUGCGCGCGCACACCAAGACCUUCCUCUGCAAGGCUGGUUAUCAGCCCUGCGUCACUGAGGCUCAGGAGCAGUAUAGUAAAUGGAUGAAAGCGCAGAACCCUGAUGAGGGGAACCCAAUCGCCAACCAGUACAUCUGCCCCGUCUUCAAAUGGGGCACCAAAGAGGAAUGGGAAUUCGGCUUCCAGCGAGUCAUCCACUUCCCCCCCUCCAGAAAACAGAGCGAGAGAACCUACCUCCUGAAGACUCUCGCUGGUUGUCCAGUAGACAGUUACAAGAUCAAUAGACUCCUGAAUGUGACCAUUUUGGAGGGGAACGGGAACUUUACGGAGACGGAUUUGUUCCUCAUCUUCAGUAUGCUGAAUGGAAGCCCUCAGGGUUAUGAGAUGCUGUUCUUCUUCUUGGAUAAUAAUUGGAGCGUGCUGAAGGAAAAAUUCGGCAGCAAAACGAAUCUCUGGGACAACCUCAUCACGUCAGCCACCUCGCAGUUCACCACUCAAGAGGGCUUGGAGCUGGUCUCCAACCUUUACGUAGCUCACCAGGGGGAAUUCGGCUCGGCCGAACACAUCAUUGAGAAAUCCAUGAGAAAUGUACGCGAGGAGGCGAAAUGGUCCGCCGAGAACCUGCCCGUUAUAGAGGCGUGGCUUGACAUGUAUCUCGCUAAUUCCAAAAAGAUUUAAAUGUUAUU